AUGUCUCGUUCCGAGCUCCCGAGCUCCGAGCCCUUCAUCCGGCCCGAUCCUCGAGGUGGCCACGCCAGUCCGCAAACGGACGAAUACCUCCCAUAUGGCCACCCAGCUCGAGACCACCACCCACGCAUGAGUGACGGCCAGUACGGUGCUGCGAUGCUCAUCAGCGCCUCGCAUCUUGAUCGCCAGAUCAACACCUUCAUCCAGGAGACCUCAGUCAUCUCCCCCCAACCCGCGGAGAGCUCCACUAGGCCAUCAGAUUGGCAGCAGCAGACACGGCAUGCUUCCUCACCCGAGCAAGACAGCGAUGACGACGAUGGCCACUUGCCCUCGAACGCGCCCCACGCACAUCUGCGAAUGGCUGGCUCUAGGCCGCCAAGUCGGGCGGCUUUGGUUCGGCGAAGAUCUAGAGCACCCAGCACAUCUUCCAGCUUCGUUGAUCGUGGGCAGGAAUCUCAAACGCCCGGCUAUCUCUUCCUAAACGAGGUCCCUCCGCUGCGGAUAAAGAAAAGUACCCUCGCAAACCAUCCUCCGCCGUUGCACUCCCCCAAGCAAAAGGGGAAAGCUCCCACUCACUCCAGAGCCACCUCUCAUCAUCGUCGGGCGGAUGAUCAGCAACAACGCUCCGAUCGAGCUCAACGUGCCAUAGAAUCAAACCCAGCCGAGUUCGGAAUCGGCUCAGCCGAACAGGACUUGAAGGCCCCCAUAGACAUCUUCAAGUCGCCCCAGCAUGCCUGGUACUUUGUCCGUCGACUAGUCGGAUUGGAACUCCGAUGGGAAGCAGCCAGAGCAUGGAAACUGACCGACUUGAACUCGAGCAGCGUCGACACUUCUCGCAAAGAGCCAUCGAACCACCACUCCCGGGUGCGAUCGAAUGAUGAUCAAAGCUCCUACAGCUGGGAUUCAUCAUCUGGCGAAACAACCGUUGCCGCGGAAAACCUCCCGAUCUUGACCUAUCUCAUUCAGAACUUUCUCCUCACCUUACCUAUCAUUCGGGACACCGUUUCAGUCGUGCCAAACGUCCCGCAUAGCUCCCACUUCAAUCCACAAGCCCCAGCAAAUCAUACCUCGGUGGCAGUCUACUGGACCGCCGGCGUGCUACCCAUCUUGAGAAGAUUGCACCAAAGUAAUCUCAGUGCGGUCAUCGAUUUGGGAAGCCCAGGAUUCCUCCACAUCCUCUUCGACUCUCACAUAGCUCGCUUGAUUGAACGAUCUGUUGCAACAAGUCUCAAGCUUUGCACCCAAACUCCCCGCUUCCACAAAACUCCAAAUCCAGUCACCUGCGGAGCGGGGGAACUGGCCUCCGAAGGUACCCGUCGACCCAGAAGCCUCGACGAUCCAGAAGUCACGUCUCCCGAGAAAAACCAGCCCCCUCAAAAUGAAGAGACCCCGGACCCUUCUAACGAAGCUGGGAGGGCGGAAACUCACUACUUUAAGGAUAUCACCCCUCUAGCUGUCUCACAUCCACCCGAUCCCGGUACGCCUGAACGUGAACAGCCCAGAACCUACGUGCAUAACUUCGAAAAAGAACCUCAAAGGUAUUCCGGCAUUAGUGUUCAACCUAGUCAGCGAGCUUCGAUUGGGAUCGUUACGCCGUCGAAUUCCAAUUCCAUGCCCGACUCACAUGAAGCCCAUCCUCUCAAUCGCACGGAAAAUUUCUCCGUUGGCUUCUUAACUCACGAAAUGCAAAAAACCGGCGUCACCCCUUCGAAUACCCCGUCUUCAAAAACCUUCUCAUCCACAAGCACGUACGAUCGGCACCCUACGGAUACAGAAAUUUCCACAUUCAUGCCAAGCGUCUUUGGUAGCAUUCAAGAAUCGCCUCUUGCACCAUCCUGGUCUAAAGGAUUUAACCAACUAGACGCUUCGAUCGGAAAAACAAAAGCGACGGAUUCGUUUCAUUACAGAAAAUCUGUGCCAGCCGCAUCGGCAACUUCAGAAGAAGUGAAGAGCGUUCGUCAAACAAUAGAACGAAUGAAGAUGGAAAGACAGAAUAAUAGCGAGCACGGACAUGAAGACGAUAACAAACACACGGGAGAAAUAGAUACUGAUAGCGAGUUGAAAAGGGCGAGCAAGUGGGGGUUCACUUUGAAGUCUCUAUCCCUCCUCAGACACAGCAAUACAGUGCGAGCUCCAGAAGAUCCGAAAAAGGCAUUCAGAAGGUCGUGGAGGAUCAAAUCUGAAAAUGCACCCAAGAUGUAUUUGCCACCGUCACCCGAUGCACUCUCCUUAAAGUUUUCCCAAAGUGCCUCACCUCAAGUAUCCGAUACACCCUUUCAAAAAGUGACGGUCCCAGAGAGUUUGGUCAAAGGUUUAUCAAGUCCUUACGAAAAAAUCUACCAGCCUGAAAGCUUUCAGUUCCAAUUCGAACUUCUCGAAAUGCCAAAAGACUCGGUUCCAUGGCCAUGGGGUGAUCCCGUACCUUUCUGGAAAGGCACACCGGUGCACAAGCUCUCUUGGGGCGGCUUUGAAGUUGAUCUGGUGGGUAUCCGUCAGGGAAUUGGAAAAAAUUCUUUCGUGAUCAGAGUUCGACGACCAUCUCGCCUGGACGAAUAUGUCUUGAGAAAAGAAUCCCAAUUCAAGAAUUAUUGUCGUCGCCUUUCGAAAGAUUUUCCGAAUGCACAUGUUCGAGCCGUACCUCCGCCUGAGAUUAGCUUGGAAGAUGAUCUGUCCUCAUUGGAUGCUUUACUACAAGAAGACGAACAUCAGUUAGUUUUAAGCAACAGAUCAGAUGGUUUUGGCAAAGUGGUCGUUCCUCAGAUAUCGUCUGAAAGCAGGAUGGUGCAACCUCUAAGCGACCUUAACCCUAAUUUGUCCGGAAACCCCUGUUUCGUCGACCCAUUCACCAGUUUACCGGUGAGUCAAGAACCUGUCAUAGCGCACGAGGAAAUCAAAAGAAGAGCUACGCUGGCUUCAAUCUUUGGGGUUGGAAACCACAAGUCCAAAUUUUCUUUGGAUACGCGGUCGGAUUGGAACGGAUCUAACAGGAUGGGGAAAAACCUUACCGACGCCAGAAAUGAACGCGUAACCGUCGAUCGUGAAAUAGUAGGCAGUGCAAAACAGCCAAAGCAUCCAGGCCAUUCUCGACGCGGGUCCUUGCGACAGAUAAAGGUCUCAUCCGAUACCCAUCGCCGCGCGUUACGAGGCUGGCUCAGAGACACUCUAUCCAUUCGCGCCGUCGGACAUCAUCCAGAAACAGCUGCCUUUCUUCUCCUAGGGAGUGUAGUGCCCGAAGAGAAAGAUUUGCUGGACAUCCGUCAAAGAGAGAUGAUUGAUGAAGAACGUCGGAAUGAGCGUCUGCAGGUUGCUCAGGGCGCAGCCGAACGCUCCAAAACGAUACAUGAAUGGUGGUCCGAAAUGAAAAACGAGUUCGUCGAUGGCGAAGGUCUCCAAAAUCUUUCAAACGCGCUCAAACAAGGCUCAUCUGUCGAAGAGUUGCCCUUGAGGUUUCAGAAAGCGCUGGAGUGGAUCCGAAUGAAUAUAGCUGAGGGAUUGCACGAACUUUUGGUAAUUGGGAAUCAAUCAGAUAUACUCUUCGGCAAGCUCUUGGGUCUCAACGCUGCUAUACCCUGGUCUCUAAUCAAAAACGUUUUGAAAAUUAAGAAGCCCAACCUGAUGUGCAAAGCUCUUCUCGAAGUCUUCCUGAACAAAAAGUCAAGCCUAGGGAAAUCUAAACCCAGUGUGAUUCAGCGCUUGAUCGAAAUCGCUAUUAACGAGACCGAAGGGAGCUUUGUGGAAGUCGAAAGACGUAUUCAGGCCUGUCGGGCGCGAAUUCAAAGCCUCACCAUGUGUGAAAAAAUCAUCAAGUUCGUACACGCCUCAAAGGAUCUUAAGAACCUUUUCAGGCGGUAUUCAGAAUCGGCUGACAUCGAACUGGUAGUGGCAAUCGUCCGAAGUGCUGAGGAGCCCCGCUUGGAUAAAUACGACUUGGAGAGGGUGAUGAGUGCCUCCAAAGCUUUCAAAUCUCUCUUGGCAAAGAACCGAAAUCGGAUUACCAGCUCGAUGACAGAAAACAUCCAUGUCCGUUUGAUAUUAGAUCUGAAGUUGUAUCUCAGAUUGAUUAGUCAAGAAUGGGACUCGAAACAGAUUCGGAAGAUGUUUUCAGAGGACAGUGUCGCUGAAGCUCUGGAAGUUCUAAUAUCCCCCAUGCUGGAGUUUUUAAAACGAACUUACAAUACCGGGAACGCUGUUCAAGCUCUGGAUGAUGCCCAAAGUUUCAUCGAGCAAUUGAUCACUGUUGUCAACGCAUUGAGGAGUAGAAUUCAAGGUUUACUCCAACCCAUCUUGGUUUCUGAGAUUGUACUCCCCGUGGACCUAGACGAGUUGAGUGACGAGUUAGAUGAAAUCGUCGAGUGGGAGGAAACGAAAAGAAAGCGACAGUAUGAACAGCUAUGCCGCCGUUACUCGGCCGAUGUGGAUGGGGACGAUCCGGUUAUCAUCGAAGGCGAUGGAUUUGGAAGAUCUAAAGUUGAACCUUUGGUUGAUCCGAAACCCUUGCCACCCCAAUUGGAUCACAUUGCAAGUUGCUUGGAACUGUUUCGGGCCGCGAUCGGUAAAGCACUCCUCCGCCGAUAA